AAUGGCGGCCACCAGUGAGAAAUUACCCGGCAUGAAUAUGCUGCAGUUUAUGAAAUUAAUCGGACAACUCAAAAGGGUGCCCCGGACCGGCUGGGUGUACAGGAAGGUGAAGAAACCAGAGAGCGUAUCGGACCACAUGUACCGCAUGGCUAUGAUGUCUCUGACCAUCACUGACCCCACAGUGGACCGAGACAGGUGCAUAAGGCUGGCUCUUGUCCACGAUAUGGCAGAGUGCAUUGUGGGAGAUAUUGCUCCAUCAGAUAAUGUCAGUAAGGAAGAGAAGCACAGGAGAGAGGAGGAAGCGAUGAGACACCUGACAAAUCUUCUGCCGGAGGGACUCAAACAGGAGCUUUUUGCUCUGUGGGAGGAAUACGAACAUCAGCGCAGUCCAGAAGCCAGGCUGGUGAAACAGUUCGACCUCCUGGAGAUGAUCCUGCAGGCGCACGAGUACGAAGAGCUGGAGGGAGCGCCGGGAAGGUUGCAGGAGUUCUUCGACUCCACCACCGGUCAGUUCCACCACCCAGAUGUUCUGCAACUGCUCGGCUCUUUAAACGAUCAAAGGGGAAGUCACAACACUGACGACACGAGGAGCAAGAAACCGGAGAGUCGUCAGGAUCUGAACCCCAACACGACUUCACACACGCAUCYUGACUGAAUGCAAAAAACUUUUUUUAGAUGGACCUGAAACAAAAAAAGCUACAGCGAUGACCUCAUUCUCUUUUAGGUUCAUUCUGCAGAUGGUUAAACCUAAACUGUUUAAUGAGUUAUUUUUCUCUAAAAGAUGAAAUUUGAAAACGGCUACUAUUGUAGGUGGCACAUCAUCUUUUGUUUUACUAUAAAACAUUUUUUUUGUUGAAUAUACUAAACUUGUUUAACCUCC